AUGCAAACACGCCGGGCGCUGUUUCGUUUGCCCGACUACGCUGAUACGGGCGUAAGAGUGGCGAACUGGCACGAAGACACGGACGCGAAUCCCGAGGAACUCGGCGACUACGUCGAAGGCGAUAUACUCUAUCCGCCGACUAUGGCUCGCAACGGACUGAAAAGUUUGAGCGCCCGAUGGCCCGACGCCGUUGUCCCGUACGCCAUCAGUCCUCGUUUCAACGAAACACAGCGAGGAAUCAUCUUCGCAGCCAUGAAUGACUUCCAUCAGCAAACGUGCGUCAGAUUUAAGCCCUACUCGGGCAAGGAAUCGGACUUUUCGAAUUUAACAGCUGGAAAAAGCGGCUGCUGGAGCAGCGUCGGUCGAAUCGGCGGACGCCAAGACGUCAAUCUUCAAGCGCCCAGCUGUGUACAGAAAAAAGGCACGGUCCUGCACGAGCUCAUGCACGCGCUCGGAUUUCUUCACGAGCACAGCCGCUACGAACGUGACGAUUACGUUGAGAUCAACUGGAAAAAUAUAAAAUCCGGUAGAGAGACUAAUUUUGAAAAGUCAAAUCGUAAGGCCACUUUCGCUCUCGGCGUUGGUUACGACUACGGUAGUAUUUUGCACUAUUCGUCACGUGCAUUUUCUCACAACGGAAAACCAACUAUAAGGUCCACGGAUCGCGAGGGACUUUUUGGAUUUUUCAAGGAUUUUUUCAACGUAAAAGAAAAAAAACUAGGACAGCGAGAAGAACUCAGCUCCAAGGACAUAAAGAAAAUUCGUAAAAUGUACAAGUGUUACAGAUGA